CUUCCACACCAUAGACUAUUCAACGUUUUGCCCUCACGUUAUAGUCAGGAUAAUGCAUAUGCUUUCUUCUCUGUAGGACCUCGCGAUACUCUCCCCAACUACGAAGAGGAUUAUAAAACUCUCUCUCUCUUAUAGUAAUAAUAUCUUAGAGCUAGCUAUAUAUAUCUGACUUCCCAGCAACAACAACACUAAGUUAGGAAGCUAGGUUUUCGAGGUAUAUAUACAGCAUCAAUUUUGUGACAGCAAUAUGUGUGGGUUUAUUAUUUUGAUGAUUUUGUUGUCGGGAACAGCCUCGGCGCAACUGAGUCAGAACUUCUAUGCUAACGUGUGCCCUGACGUGGAGAACAUUGUGAAAAAAGCCGUCUCUGUUAAGUUCAGCCAGACCUUCGUCACUGUCCCGGCAACUAUACGUCUCUUCUUCCAUGAUUGCUUCGUUUCGGGGUGUGAUGCGUCGGUGAUAGUGGCGUCGACGGCGGGGAAUACGGCGGAGAAGGACCACCCCGAUAACUUAUCGCUGGCCGGCGAUGGAUUUGAUACGGUGAUCAAAGCUAAAGCAGCUGUGGAUGCUGUGUCGAGGUGCAAGAACAAGGUUUCUUGCGCAGAUAUUCUUGCAUUGGCAACGCGCGACGCAAUCGUCCUGGCUGGUGGGCCCACGUAUCCUGUGGAAUUGGGGAGGCUGGAUGGGUUGAGUUCAACGUCAGCUAGUGUGGAGGGGAAUCUGCCAAAGCCUAGUUUCGGUUUGGAUCAGCUUAAUAAAAUGUUUGCUUCCAAUGGCCUCUCGCAAACUGACAUGAUUGCUCUCUCAGCUGCCCACACAGUAGGAUUCUCGCACUGCGAUAGAUUCGCGAACCGGAUAUACAAUUUCAGCAAACAGAACCCGGUUGACCCGACCCUUAAUGCGGAAUACGCGACCCAACUUCAGGGGAUGUGCCCGAGGAACGUGGAUCCGAGAGUAGCCAUCAAUAUGGACCCGACCACUCCUCGGACCUUCGACAACGCCUACUUCAAAAACCUUGUACAAGGCAAAGGCUUGUUCACAUCGGAUCAAGUUCUGUUCACGGAUUCCAGGUCCAAAAAUACCGUUUCCACAUGGGCAUCAAAUCCUCAAGCUCUCAACGCUGCUUUCAUCCAGGCCAUCACGAAGCUGGGCCGGGUCGGAGUUAAAACCGGAAAAAACGGGAAUAUCCGAUUUGAUUGUGGAAGGUUUAACUGAUAUGCUGUCUCUCGUAAUAAAUUUGUAAAUGCCGUUAAUUAUUGGCGGGCUUCCAAAUGUAAAGAUGAGUCAACUCCGAAACGUAUGAGUUGAGUUAUUGAGUUUGGAGUGAAUAACAUAUCUCACCGCGCCAAAA